AUGGUAGUACGCCUCUCUGACGCUCGACACUUGCAGUGGAAUCUCGAAGACCCGGAACGACGUACGCUACUCCGACAGCUCCUCGUCAUCCCUCAAGAACCGCAAACAUCCGAGUUCGUAUUCACGUACCAUGCUGAUGGGGUGUCCAUAGCUGUCGAUGGAAUUGGAUCAUCAUGUUGCAUUUGCAUCCCUCCCGGGCUUCUAUUAAUCCCUCCAGACACAGUCGACGACUCGCCCUAUAGCUACUUCAGCAAAUCGAUAAACUGUAUACUACGACCUCAACACCCCAUACCGGCAACUGGCGACCUCGUUGAAUACUUCGAUUUCGACCGUCCGUUGGGUACGAAGGAGGUCAUCGGCAAACACCAUCUCGGGCCUUCUUACCGAGAGCACUGUACCUGGGAAGCCCUGUUGCUUGGUGGGUGCUUCUUGCUUCCGUAUGGUCGUUGGGCCAGCGUUGCUGACAUUGAGGCCGUUUCUCAGCGCGUAUCGCUCUUGGAAGUCGCCAUCCCUACUCGGCAAACACAUUUACGAACGUCCGCAGCUUCCUUCCAGCAGCAUGCACUGGUCAAUCGAAUGGCCCUCCACGUCCGCUUCCUCGAUCCAAUUCAACUUCAAAUUGGACCUGGCUCCUUGCUCGCCUACCCCGCCCAGGCAUUCCUACGAAUCUCUUCAAGGAUGUACCAUGCUGUCGAGGACUACCCUACAGCCUAA